UCAUCCAGUAAUCAAAGAGCAGAGCUGUUUGAGGAAGGCCGCAGUACAGCAGGUGUCUGGGAACAGAAUUUUCAGAGUGCAGCAUCAGGUCUUCAUUGUGAGGCAGCCUCUACUUAGCCCAGGAGUCACUGGCAGUGCAGCAAGAAAGACUGCGGCAAGAAGGCUUAGAAGAGGACACAACUGCUCAAGUUGAUCAUGGAAAUCAAAGAAGAAGGAGCAUCAGAAGAGGGCCAGCACUUUCUUCCCACAUCCCAAGCAAAUGAUAUUGUGGAGUCUCAGUUCACAAGCAUUGAGAAGAAUCCAGAUGAGCCACAGCUGGAAUUCACCCUUGCCUGCAAGGAUCUCGGGGCUCCUGGUCGUGAUCGGAAGCUGAACACCCUGGUUCAGAUCUCAGUCAUCCAGCCUGGGGAGCAGAGCCUGACAAGAUACGGGAGCACGGAGGUUGUGGAGGGAACAAGGGACCCACUGUUCCUGACAGGCGUCACCUUCCCGGCGGACUAUCCUAUCUAUGAGGAGACCACCAUCAAGCUGACUGUCUGUGAUGUCAAGGACAAGAUUCAUGACACUGUCCGAACCAGUGUCCUACCUGAACAUAAGGAUUCCACAUCAGAACUUGGGCGAAGCUUCCUGGGGUAUGCCGUCUUCAAAGUGGGAGAGCUACUGAAGUCAAAGGAGCAGCUGCUGGCUCUGAGUCUCAGGACUUCUGAUUGUGGCAAGGUGGUUGGCACCAUAGAAGUCAGUGUCCUGAAGAUGGGGGAGAUUGAAGAAGGGGAGGCCACCCACGUCACCACAGGUGUGCAGGCACAAAAGUGUGCCCUGGUCUGUGAAUGUGCAGCCCCGGAGACUGUGAGCAGGAAAGACUCAUUGUCCUUUCUGAAUGCAGUACUCAGGAACCCGGUGUGCAAGUUGUAUCGCUUCCCCACAUCUGACAACAAGUGGAUACGAGUCCGGGAGCAGAUGUCAGACAGCAUCCUUUCUUUUCAUAUUCCUAAGGAAUUGAUCUCUCUUCACAUAAAAGAAGAUUUGUGUAGAAACCAGGAGCUGAAAGAACUUGGGGAACUUUCUCCACACUGGGACAAUCUACGGAAAAAUGUCCUCAGUCACUGUGAUCAAAUGGUGAACAUGUACCAAGAUAUUCUGACAGAGCUUAGCAAGGAAACAGGGUCUUCAUUCAAAUCAAGUAGCAGCAAAGGAGAGAAAAUGUUGGAAUUUGUUCCUGUAAACCUACAUCUUCAAAGAAUGCAUGUACACAGCCCCCACUUGAAAGAUGCCCUCUACGAUGUCAUCACGGUGGGAGCACCGGCUGCCCAUUGUCAGGGAUUCAAGAAUGGUGGUCUUCGAAAGCUACUCCAUAGAUUUGAAACAGAAAGAAGGAAUACCGGCUAUCAGUUUAUUUACUAUUCACCUGAAAACACAGCCAAAGCAAAAGAAGUUCUCAGCAACAUCAAUCAACUUCAACCUCUGAUAGCAACCCACGCGGACCUGCUGCUUAAUUCUGCAAGCCAGCACUCUCCAGACAGCUUGAAGAAUUCUUUGACGAUGCUUUCAGAAAAAACAGAGCUUUUUGUACACGCCUUCAAGGACCAGCUGGUGAGGAGCGCCCUCUUAGCACUGUACACUGCCAGGCCUGGGAGUGUUCUAAAGAAGCCACCCUCUCCUAAGGCCUCCACUGUGGAGAACACUGCCCAGGAGCAGCCCCCAGUGGCCAUGAGAAGGCAGGACUCCAUCCCUCACCAUUCAGACUACGAUGAAGAAGAGUGGGAUAGAGUGUGGGCCAACGUGGGGAAGAGCCUGAACUGUAUUAUCGCCAUGGUGGACAAGUUGAUUGAACAAGAUGGCACCAAUGAAGGAGGCAGCAGCAGAGAUGAAGAAAAGGGUUCUUCUCUCCCAGACACCAGCACAGCUCAUGCAAAGGUGGACUGGUACCAGCAGCUGCAUCCGCUCAUCCUGGGGCUGAAGGACUGCAUGGGGGAGGUGGUGAACAGAGCCCGACAGUCCCUGACCUUCGUGCUCCUGCAGGAGCUGGCCUACAGCUUGCCCCAGUGCCUGAUGCUGACUCUGAGGAGGGACGUGGUCUUCAGUCAGGCGCUUGCUGGGUUGGUUUGUGGUUUCGUCAUCAAACUGCACACGAGUUUGCACGACCCCAGCUUCCUCCAGCAACUCCGCACAGUGGGGCUGAUGGUACAGUAUGAAAGCCUGCUCAGUACAUACAGUGAUGAAAUUGGGAUGCUAGAGGACAUGGCUGUUGGCAUUUCCGAUUUGAAGAAAGUUGCCUUUAAAAUAACUGAAGCCAAAUCCAAUGACGUCUUGCCGGUGGUCACGGGACGGAGGGAGCACUAUGUCGUGGAGGUGAAGCUCCCGGCCCGGAUGUUCCAGUCGCUGCCCCUGCCGAUCAAAGAAGGGCAGUUGCUCCGUGUGCACCCGGUCCUCUUCAACAUUGGAAUCAACGAGCAGCAAACCCUUGCUGAGAGGUUUGGAGAUGUCUCUUUGCAGGAAAAUAUUAAUCAGGAAAACUUUGAAUUCCUGAAAGACUAUUGCACGAUAUUUAUGGAAAAGAUGCCUACUGAUUUCAUUUCCAAUUUUCAAGAACAAAAUGAUUUAAAAGGAUUGCUAGAAAAUCUCCAUCAAAAUAUCCAGGCCAAAAAAAGAAAAAAUGUUGAGAUCAUGUGGCUGGCUGCAACGAUCUGUCGCAAACUGAACGGUAUUCGUUUCACCUGUUGUAAAAGUGCCAAAGACAGGACAUCCAUGUCGGUAACGCUCGAGCAGUGCUCCAUCCUGCGAGACGAACACCAGCUUCACAAGGACUUCUUCAUCCGGGCGCUGGACUGCAUGAGAAGGUUAAUUCGUCAUACAAACUCAUCAGCAAAAGAGUAAAGAAAAAUCCUGGGCGGCAGAGGUACACAGGCCUUGCACACAAGAGGACUCAGGUUUAAUCCCUGGCACCACCACACGGCAGAGCUGAGCGGUGCCUUCGUCAACCCUCUACAAGAGAAGGAGCAAACAAAGGGACCCUGCAUCACAGAGUAGCUCACGGAAGAUCUUCUGGGAAAGAAGGAAAACGCAUCAGGAUGGAGCCUCUCUCAGGCUCUGGAAAAGACAGGGUGAAACACUCACUGAUGAACCCUGGUGUAUCCCAGCAGGCUGGAGGUCCAGAGUGUGACAGUGGAAGGAGAUGGCACUUUGGAAGUGGGUGAGGUGUAUGGAGUGAUAUGAUAUUGUACCCGGUUUUGGAAUAACUUUAAAAUAUCCCCAGAUAAAGUGAACUUUAAGGAGGAGAGGGAGACGUA